GAGCGAGCGCGCUGCCGCUUCCCGCGCGGUGCACGCCGGGAUAGAUCCGGUUCGGUGAGGGCAGCGCGCGGUGCCUGCUGGGAUAGACCCGGGUGUGCCGCCCGUCGCUCCCGGCCCCCGCGGCUGUCCCCGCUCCGAGCUCGGUCCCCGCCGGUGUUUCCGUCCCAGGCCGCGGCCCCUACUCACCGCCCGCCGACAUGGCGAUGCAAGCAGCCAAACGAGCCAACAUCCGGCUCCCUCCGGAGGUCAACCGGAUCCUGUACAUCAGGAACCUGCCGUACAAAAUCACGGCCGAGGAGAUGUACGACAUUUUUGGGAAGUACGGGCCCAUCCGGCAGAUCAGAGUUGGGAAUACCCCUGAGACCAGAGGAACAGCCUACGUGGUGUAUGAGGACAUCUUCGAUGCCAAGAACGCCUGUGACCACCUGUCAGGGUUCAACGUGUGCAACAGAUACCUCGUGGUGCUGUACUACAAUGCCAACAGGGCAUUCCAAAAGAUGGACACAAAGAAGAAAGAAGAACAGCUUAAGCUUCUCAAGGAAAAAUAUGGAAUUAACACAGACCCACCAAAAUAAACUGAUCCUUUUUGGAAAACUGUUUUCAAGCCCUGUCAUCUUGGCCUAAACAUAGGAGUUCUUAACAAAGUGUAAUUUUUUUCUCUUAUGAAUUUGAUAAGAUGCAAUAUGAGUUUUUAUAUCUUCAGAUUAGGAUUAAAUAAAUAGAACACAGGGAAAUCUGCUUUAAGAUUAAAUCCCCCAAGGCAACAUGCCUUCCCUGUGCUGAGGGUGACCUGGUAAAGGCUGCAAUGUCCUGUUUCUAGCAGGAGCUUUCAAGAAGGGACUGAGCAGGUUCUGUGUUUGACUGAACAAAGCAAGCCCAAGCCCGUGUUUGUAACAAAGUUUCUUUCACAAACUGUAGAAGAUGAAGGCUUUCAAAAGGAUGCAGCUGAUAAGGGGACUCCAGUCCAAGUACCUGUUCCCAGUGAUGGUACCAGCUCUGAUCAGCUGCAGUGAAACAACCCAGCUCUCACACUAAAAAACAAAGUGUAUGAGGGCUUUGUUUGGUGUCCCAGGUUUGGACUGAGGAUUUGGUAUUAAUUGAAGAACAUGUGACCAAAAUGAGACAGCAGAUGAAGGUUUUCAUUUUGAUACCUGUAGUGUGAUUGUUUUCUACUUGGCAUGGUUGAACUGUAACACAUUUUCUGUACAUACAUUUUUAGGUGUAGCAUGUGGUGAAGGAAGACAAAUUUUUUUUGGCUCUUUUUUCAGUACUCAUGUCCUUUGUAUUAAAAUGAGUGUGAUCCAGGCUGUGCAUAGCCAGUAUCUUUUGGAAGUGAGAAAGAAUAACUCUGGCUGUGUUCUGAACCAGCUGAAGUUGUGUGAAUGUGGGGAGUAUCCUGCCUUGGGAGGAUUUAUUUGCAUGGAUGUGAUGUUCCACUCCCUGACCAGACAGUUUCCAGCCAGUGCAGAACCAGGGCAGAUAACAAUGUACUUUGCCUGGAAUUUGUAAUCAGAUUUUGUUUUUCAGUGCAUUGUACUCUCAUAGAGGAAUGCUUCCAUUUUCUGAAAUUACUUUUUUGUUGGAAUUUGUCACUUUGGGAACAAUGCUGUGUCCAUUUGGUGAAAAAAUAAAUGCAUAUUUUGCUUUUUUUCAUC